AUGUCAGGACGCGGAAAAGGAGGCAAGGCAAAGACUGGAGGCAAAUCGAAGUCAAGAUCAGCGCGCGCUGGGCUCCAGUUCCCCGUUGGACGACUUCACCGAAUGCUUCGCAAAGGCAACUACGCCGGCAGGAUCGGUGGUGGAGCUCCCUUCGUAGCAAUGUCAGGACGCGGAAAAGGAGGCAAGGCAAAGACUGGAGGCAAAUCGAAGUCAAGAUCAGCGCGCGCUGGGCUCCAGUUCCCCGUUGGACGACUUCACCGAAUGCUUCGCAAAGGCAACUACGCCGGCAGGAUCGGUGGUGGAGCUCCCGUGUACCUCGCUGCCGUCCUGGAAUAUCUGGCCGCUGAAGUCCUGGAGUUGGCUGGUAAUGCGGCCCGUGAUAACAAGAAGACCAGAAUCAAUCCACGUCAUCUCCAGUUGGCCGUACGCAAUGAUGAGGAGCUCAACAAACUGCUCUCAGGAGUAACAAUCGCCCAGGGAGGAGUUCUGCCCAACAUUCAAGCUGUGCUGCUGCCCAAGAAGACUGGUGGAGAGAAGGAGUAG